UUCGGUUCCCGAUAUCGAAGCCCAGGUGCACUUUAAAAGCCAGGGAAGCCGACCGGGAUACUUUUCUCUUCUCUCACACACACACCACGCUCUUUCGUCUCUUUUCAUCCUCAUGCCUCCAUUGCGCACCCGCGACCGCGACCUCCCUUCUAUGCAUUCGGUUUUCGUUCAAGCUGAGACUAUCCCCAUCAAUGCCACCAUAUACUAUCAACACGUUCCUCUGCCGUCUCUCGUCUUUCGUUACGAGCCUUAUGGGCAUGCUUAUGCCACUAGAAACCAUCCUUUAAUGACCACUACUCGUGAUGGUAAUAUUGAUUGGGAUGGCCGUGUCUUUUUCACUGUAGCCCUCCCUCAGCCCACGGAGGAAGAAAUGGCUCUCAAUGAGGCUCUUCAAGCAAACCCGGAGCCUGCGCCUGUUCCGCCUCCUCGUGGUCGCGUUAGGCGCCUGUCGAUCCUAGUCAUUGAGCUAGCCCUUGCUGUUACCCGUCGGCUUCGUAUCUCUCGUUUGGACUGAGCUCUGCCUCCUGUCUAGAAUGUUCGUUCUAAAAAAUUUCUUGCUCCUCGCUCAAAAAGAAAUUUCGGGGUCUGAGGCUGAAGCCAUACCUUAACACACAUUUUUCUUGGAUCUUAUGUCGUUGUCAAUGUAUCAUUACAUCUCGCCGUAGUUACUAGCUUUGCUAUCACUGUACAUCUAUCUCUCCAAUGCCCAUUCUAAAUUUUGCCAGUACUUAUAGACAGAUACGAGCAUGUAUAUGAAGCUGGCUUGCCAGGUUAACCACGCAUGCCCACUCAGAUAUUACCUCAUGUUUUUUGCACCCCAAUUCU